AUUAUUUGUUUCCAAUUUUAGCCGUUGAAUUACUUUCUCUAUUGUCGUGUUACUUCAAAAUUAUUCAUAAUGAGCCUCAUUGCCAGCAGAUGUAAGUGCUCCAAAGACACGGAUUUAUAUGAGAUACCAAGCAUCGUCCAGAGAUAUUCGAAGAUAUCGCCGCAGCUUUCGAUCCAUCAAAAGGAUCGCAAUGCGGAUGCUUACAAAGCUUUUAUGAAAAAAAUUAGCGGAAAUGGACGCGAAAUCAUAUUGGAAACGACUAUGCUCCAUGGAGAUGAUAAUACCGCGAAAAAAGGUGGUGGAGAUUCUAAGCUUUUGACACGAUUAAAUCCCUCCAAAGAGGGUUCAAACAGAUACAGCAAGGAUCAUUUCGGGAGUACCAUCCCCGAUGAGUUCAAUGAACAACGUGCAGAUGCUACUGUUUUUACAUCGGAAGAGAAGGAGAAAAUGUUUGCCGAAAUGAUGAGUCCAUGGAUGAAAGCUAAGCCUCAAAAGCAGGCCAAUUCCAAGAUAAUUAUAAGCGGAGAAAAGAAAAUAGAUGAGAGAAAUCACAAGGUACAGACUAUUAUUUCCAAUCCUUUUGCUUUUCAUAUCUUAUCCAAACUUCAGGACAAGAAGAAGCAAAUUGAUGCGAAAGCGGCUUCCAAGAACGAAAAUGAAUUUGAAGAAUUCAUGGCAAACGCAACAGUUCAAGAUUUGCAGAGAUAUUUCCGAACUAUAUCGUCUAGGACUAGCUCAAAACCGUGCAAUUUUUCAACGGAUACAUUUUUGAGAGCAGGGAAAAUUCAAGUUGACCACGAGAGAGUGAAACAACUGCGGGCUGAGAACUUCACAAUGGUUUUUAAAAUAAACCAAAUAAUGCGCAGUAAGAAUGGUGCACUGCCAACAGCUCGUCAGUUGGAAGCGGAGUGGAAAAAUACUAUUAAAGAAAUGCGUGCCAGAGCCAAAUACCCCUUGACCCUACCUGGCUUGGUAAAUUUGGAGCAGAUUGACGAAGAUGAUCGACCAAGAGUAUUCUUAGAAUUAGGAGUUGAAAAUGGGAAUAUUUUAGGAACGAUUGUGCUUUCGCUAUAUCUCGAACUAAUGCCAAUAACUGUAACGAAUUUUGUUGCAUUGUGCGAAAAUUUCAAAACCAAAGCCAACGAGAACAGAAAAAAUGGGAUUCCUCAUUUAGCGGGCUCUCCUAUACAUAGGAUAUUCCCAGACUUAUACUUUGAAGGAGGUGAUAUCCUAACUGGACAUGGUGGUACAGGAAUGGCUGCUCGUGGAGUCGACUUCUACCCCGAGCAUAUGGAGAUACCGCACGAUCAUGAAGGUACAAUAUCCAUGUCUGUGACACCAGAUGGACGAAUAAAUUCCUUAUUCGCCAUUAGUUUCCGACCUCUUGAGCUGCUGAAAGGCAAGCGUCCCGCAUUUGGUCGAGUAGUGAAAGGAUUGAAAUUGCUGGAGACUAUCAAAAGUUACGGAACUAAAAAUGGAAAACCUAAACAAAAAAUUCUCAUCACACGUUGUGGGUUAAUACAUCCUAAAUAAUGUACUUUUUAAGAAGCUUAAAAUUGUGCGCGUUCUUUAAAUAAAAUUGGCUGUGUUUUCUU